AUGUCGAAUCUUCGAAGUGAUCUAGACCCCUCUUUGGAUCAGCCCUAUGUGCAAAAAAUGCAAUACAUGUCCCUCAGUGACACAAACGGUGAUUCGAGAUAUGGUCGCAUCAUGGGCAAAGCAGAGCCGGCGGUGCCCCCUUAUCAUCAGAAACAGAAAUCCAUUGGAGCUAUCGAGAGUUUCGCCGCAGAGGGUCCCACCCCAACUAAAAACGACUACACUUUAUACGAACGAAACAACAUUAUCGCUAGUUCAAAAUUUGCAACCCCAAAGCAAGUGGAAACUUUAGUCAGCCACAAGCAAGUAGAAGAAAAUGAUGUUUACGUCCAAUGCGCUAAACCGCAAGUUCCCCCGAAUUCAAGCCCCACGCAUUCACUGAGUGGUUCAUCGCAACAUUCCGGGAGCCCUAGAACAAGCAUAGCAGCCAAUCCUACACCAGUUUAUGAAAACAUUGAGUACUACCCACGGAACUAUCAGCCUCCUUAUUACCACCCGUCAGAAGGUAGUUUCCGGAAGGCUCAACCUCAAGUGCCUUCUGGCAAUAGAAAUGUCACUAGAGAUGGAGAAGCUUUGCCUGUUUAUGAAAACUUACAGUCUUUGGGGCAUAAGACCAGUGGUGCAACUCCAGGUCCGCAAGUGCCUUCAAAUCAAGCUCCACCACCAUAUCCUACGCAAACCUACCAACAGGCAUAUCCAUCGAUGCAAAAACUUGGGGCGAAAAACCCGUACUCAAAUUACAAGAGUUUUACCCAGCAACAGUUGGAUGAAAUCAAUAGUAGUGAUUAUGUUUGCAUGACUGGGAACAUUUCUCACACUUUGAGUACCAAUGUACCAUUCCAAACAACAUCUGCCAAGAACUAUAAUAGGGAACCAGCAACUGGAAUAGCGUCCACGCCUCCAGUUGUGCCAAAGAGUCCUGUUGCUAAGGAGCCGGUCGAAGUAAGACCGCCCCCAGUUCCAAGUCCAACACCAAGCGCUUGCAGCACGUCCAGUGCUGGAAAAUUGAAAAUAAGUGGAAAAAAUUUGCUACCAUAUAACGUGACGCCACCAAGACCAAGGGGACCUACUGAGGCUGAGAGAAAAAUUGAAGAGAUGACUAGACAGAUAGAGGAAGAAAUGGAGAAGCAUGAGGAAGAGGGAGAAUAUUUUGGUAUUUGCCACACUUGUGGAGAAAAAGUGACUGGCGCCGGUCAAGCUUGUCAAGCUAUGGGUAAUUUAUACCACACGAACUGCUUCAUUUGUUGUUCAUGUGGACGCGCUUUACGCGGUAAAGCUUUCUAUAACGUCCACGGAAGAGUAUACUGCGAAGAAGAUUACCUGGUAAUGACUAACGCAGACAGCUCUCAAUCCGAAAAUGAAAUAAUUAAUGAUGUUUUGCAGUAUUCAGGAUUUCAACAAACUGCCGAAAAGUGCGCCAUUUGUGGCCACCUAAUCAUGGAAAUGAUUCUCCAAGCGAUGGGCAAAUCGUACCAUCCUGGGUGUUUCCGUUGCUGCAUUUGCAACGAAUGCUUGGACGGUGUGCCGUUCACCGUCGACGUCGAUAACAAAAUUUACUGCGUCAACGACUACCAUAGGAUGUUUGCACCUAAGUGUGCUUCGUGUGGAAAAGGUAUAACACCAGUUGAAGGUACUGAAGAAACCGUCCGCGUCGUCUCCAUGGAUAAAGAUUUCCACGUCGACUGUUAUGUUUGUGAAGAGUGUGGAAUGCAGCUCACUGACGAACCCGAUAAGCGGUGCUAUCCGCUCGAGGGUCGUUUGAUGUGUCGGAGUUGCCACAUUGAAAGAUUGCAACACACUCCAAGACAGAUGCACCCAGUGGCAGCCACAUAUCAGUAUACUGGCUAAACACUAGCUGUAGAGAAGCAUUAAGUUAGGUUUUAAGUCGAGCAAGUGAGAGUUUCUGCAUCUGAAGAAUAAUUUUAAGUAGAAAUUAUCGCCAAGUGUGAGAUGUAGGAAACGGCUAAAUUGGAAAAUGUACUGAGGGUUUGCUCAUCUAUUGUGCUUUUAGUGUGUAGAUUAAGCUUGUUAUUAUCGAUAAAAUCGUCGUUUAACAAGUUAGGAAGACGCUAAAAGCUGUUUUAGAGUUUUAGAAGAUUGUUAUGUAAGUUUAAAUGGUAAAUUUAUGACCUAUCGCUUAUGAAAUGUGAUUGUAUUAGAAGAUAUUUGCAUUUAUUUUUAUUUAUUCAAAUUUACAACGAAUUUGAACUUCCGUUUUUAUAUGGUUUUAAGACUUUUGUGUGUCAAAUUUAUGAACAAACAGGAUUAUAGGGUACAUUAAGCAGUAUUUACGUGCCGGAAAUUCGAGUCCUAGAACAAAAAUGUGUGGUAAUUUAGGCAGGCCUCAUUCACUUUCUUUUUAUUAAGAAGUGGACUUCAAAUGUAAAUCAAUGUUUAGGUGUUAAGUGUGUUUAUCAAGUUGUUCCUACAAUAUUUUUAUAUUUUAUUGUAGUUUUUAUCGCAGUGUUGCUUUAAGACAUCUAAACUGACAGAACGAUUUAAAUUUUUGAUGUAUUUGCUGUGAUAUCUUUUUUUAAUAACAGGACAAGCUUAUUGAUCAUUUUCAUUCCAAUUAAUGUUUUUAUGC